AGAAAAAUUCAAUUAAUUAAAAAAAAUAUUAGCAUUUAGCUGCUGCUGCUUCUUCUUCUUCUUCUGCUUCUUUUUCUUCAAUCAUCAUCUUCGCGUCUGGUAUCUCACGCAACUGACAAAUAUUAAAAUCUCCCUUAAAUCUUCAUCAGCACAAAGUAGGUGGAAUGAGAAAAAUGGAGGUUUUGUGAUUUAAGUUGUGUGUGAUUCAACCAGGAAUCGAUAGAUUAGCAAAAACGGAUUUAAGCUAUAUGGCUUCGUCGGAGAUCGAGCCAGCUUUACAUGAACAGUCAGGAUCAUUGGUUUUGAGUAACGCAGACGAGUCAGAUCGUCGUUUCGCUAAUCUCAGGGGAGUUCGGUGGCGUGUGAAUCUCGGAGUUCUUCCUUCUUUGGCUUCUUCAAUCGAUGAGUUUCGCAAAGCAGCAGCUAAUUCUCGACGAAGAUAUGCUCUUCUCCGGAGAACACUUUUGAUCAAUCCACAUGUACUCAAAGAUGAAAACAGUUCCCUUAAUUUUAUCACUGACGACCCCUUGUCACAAAAUCCAAAUAGCACAUGGGGUCAGUUAUUUCGUAUCUCUGAGCUGGCAAAAACACUUGACCAAGACUUAUCAAGGUUAUAUCAAGAACAUUAUUGGUGUUAUUUUCAAACGCCUGGAUGCCAAGGAAUGCUGAGACGAAUUCUAUUGUUGUGGUGCCUGAAGCAUCCCGAGUAUGGGUAUAGGCAAGGAAUGCAUGAGCUUUUGGCACCACUCCUUUAUGUACUUCAUGUUGAUAUCAUGCGUCUUUCUGAAGUGCGUAAAGACUAUGAAGAUUAUUUUACCGACAGAUUUGAUAGUUUAUCUUCCGAGGAAAGAGAUAUCACUUACACUUUUGAUUUUAAUAAGUUCAUGGAUUCCAUGAACGAUGGGAUUGGAUCCCAGGGGUAUUCAAAGAAAAUUAAAAGUCUCGAUGAGCUUGAUCCUGAAGUCCAGUCCAUUGUGAUGUUGAGUGACUCUUAUGGGGCAGAAAGUGAACUUGGCAGUGUCUUGUCUGAAAAAUUUAUGGAACAUGAUGCUUACUGUAUGUUUGAUGCUCUCAUGAGUGGGACUGGUGGUUGUGUCGCCAUGGCUAGCUUUUUUAGUUACUCUCCACCCAGCGGAUCCCACACCGGGUUAACUCCAGUUCUUGAAGCUUGUACAUCAUUUUAUCGUCUUCUGGCUGUUGUUGAUUCAUCUCUGCACAGCCAUCUAGUUGAACUUGGAGUUGAACCUCAGUACUUUGGUCUUCGUUGGUUGAGAGUUUUGUUUGGAAGGGAGUUUUUGCUUCAGGAUCUCUUGUUAGUGUGGGACGAGAUUUUCUCAGCAGGGAGUAGUGCAGAAACGGACACAACUGAUGAAGAUAGUAGAAGCCACAGCUUGGGGAUCGUUGAUUGUCCUCGGGGAACCUUAAUCUUGGGAAUGGCUGUUUCAAUGAUAUUAUAUUUAAGAUCAACCUUGCUUUCUUCUGAAAAUGCAACUUGCUGUCUACAGAGACUAUUAAAUUUUCCAGAAAUUACUGACCUGAAUAAGAUAAUACAGAAGGCUAAGCUGUUACAAGUUUUGGUUUUGAAUUCUGAUGUACGAUCAGCUCUGUCAAUAGAUGGUGUCUUCGACCAGAGCAGUUAUGUACCUGCAAGAACUAAAAGUUGUCCAUCCGGCUCCACUUCACCUAGAUCUCCUUUGAUUCUCGCACCUGAAAGCUAUUGGGAGAAGAAAUGGAGAGUUCUACACAAAGUCAAAGAAGAAGAAAGGCAAAAAGUUUUGGAGACACAGAGUCCUCCUACACAAAAGAAAAGGAUGUGGUUGAAAGUGACAAAACUUUUCCGAGCAGUGACUGAUCUAACACAUCAUAAGACAGGGAAUGGGGAAAAGGAAGCAAACUCAUCUCCAGUGUCACAAAGUUUGCUUGAAGAUUUGUCUCAACAGCUCCUUCCCGAACUAGAGGAAGCUAAUAGUAUUGAUUGUCCUGUGGCUAUGAACAAGGAAGAUAACUCUCCUCAAGAAACUGAAGAAGACAUUAUGGAUUUUCAUUCUGCUACUGAAGAGAGUAUUAUAAGUGGAAACUCACCCAGUGAGGAUAAUGCAUCCAUUUCUUCAGACCCUAUCAGUCCUGUCCUAGGUUCAAACUACCUUGAAACUGGUUCAGAUAGCAGUACUGGUAUUGGUUCACCUGUCUCCUCAUAUCCAAUUAGUGCUGCCAUAGAUUCAAAUCUGUUUCUUGAUGAAAACUACGAAGAUCCUCAAACAAGUGGAAACUCACCUGUUUCCAUAUCUCCUUAUCAGAAUAAUGAGUAUCUAGUAAAUGAUCAGUCUGAUGAAGACGAUCCCACAGAUAAAUAUGUGGGCGUUACUAAGGAUCACAAGCUUUUACAUGGAAUAGUCCAGUGGUUUCGGAAGUUUAAACGCACUUUUUCCAGUGAGGAGAAGAUUGAUAUAAAUGCUUCUGAUGCCACAAAAACCAACAAUGUUGAAAUAGAAAAGAACCAAAUCAGUUGCUACUCUGAGUUCCACCCCCAAGCUUCAUCUUCUGGCCAAAAUAGAGACUCAGAUCAGAAUCUGUUGAAGACUCUAAAGAACCUUGGCCAGUCCAUGCUCAAACACAUUCAGGUAAUCGAGUUGGUUUUUCAACAACAACCUGGUAUGGUUCAGACAGGAACGGUAGGGAACUUAGCUAAAACCAAUUUGAUCGGAAAGGGACAAGUUACAGCUACAACAGCACUCAUGGAGCUUCGGAAAAUCAGUAAUCUGUUGUCAGAUAUGUGAGGUCUAGGUUCUCUCAUUUCUUUUAGCCGCUCUGUACGUAUAUUAUACAUUUUGAAAAUGUACAGUAUAUUGAUCUAAGAGUAAAUAACAAAGAUGAGGGUAUCUCGAUCUUAUUCAUCCAAGUAUGGUUAGUUCCAAAUGGCUAAAGGAGUGUUUUAAGUUUCACCGAUCCUGAUGUAUGUUGGUGCUAAGAUGAAUGAUCAAUUUCUUUAUAUGUAUUUUAAUGGAC